AUGCACCAGGCGCAGUUUGCUGGCCGGGGUCCUGCCGCUGGCCAACGUCAGGCGGCUUCAGCGCCGCCAGAGCUGGAGCAGGCGCAGCAGGCGCGUCCCGUCCCGCAGCCGCGCCGUCGUGAGCGGCCCCCUCGCCCACAGCAGCAGCAGCAGCAGCAGCAGCGUGGUGCUGGCAGCCUGCUGCGACCAUUAGAGGCAGCUGCCAGCGGCGCUGCCAACGAUCGCCAGCGGCGGCAGCAGGCAGCGCCAGUUGCAGGCGGGGAGCCCUCGUCAUCAUCAGAUGCAGAAGGUGCGGGCACCCAGCUGGGUGGCCAGGCACAGCCGCAGCAACAAGCAGCAGCAGCAGGAGGACUGGAGGCAGCAGCGAAUACAGCUGCCCAGCCGCGCCAGGAGCCCCGCAGUAGGCAGCGCCAGGAGCGGCAGGCGGGGGAGCGGGGCGCCGAUGCCGCCGGCGAUGCAGCAGCCUUGGAUAGCAGUGGUGCUGCUGGCCCCCAGCCUCCGGAGCCCUUGCCAGAUGCGCCGCACUGCCUUGUGUGCUGCCACGAGAUGGCAGAGGUUGGGAUUGGCGCCUGCAACCACAAGCAGGUGUGCGGUACGUGCACCCUGCGCCUGCGCCUCUGCUACGAUCGCCAGGACUGCCCGCUGUGCAAGGCUGAGCUCAAGGAGGUCAUCAUCGCUCCCUGGCGCCCGCAGCUCCCCGACUGGCAGGCCUUUGAGCAGCACCCAGAGUGGUUGGCGCGCAGCGCCAAGUGGGCGCACGGCAGCAUCUGGGCGGACAGGUGGCGCCGCGGCGGCCGCCUCAGCUCCCGCCUCCUGCACGACCUGCAGCGCCGCACCGCGCUGGCCUGCGCCGUGUGCGACCCGGGCGGCGAGGCGCCCUUGGCGCGGCGCGAGCACCUGCUGGUGCACGUGCAGGAGGCGCACGGCCUGCGCCUGUGCAGCCUCUGCCUGCAGGAGGGGCGCCUGUUCCCUCUGGAGCUGCAGGCCUUCCCCAGCCUGCAGGCGCUGCAGGCGCACAGCGAGGCCGCCCACCCGCACUGCGGCUUCUGCCGCCGCACCUUCUAUGAUGACGAUGCGCUGUGGAAGCACAUGCACCAGGCUCACUUCUCCUGCCACGUGUGCCCGCCCCCCGUCGCCGCCCACGCCUACUUCAACAGAGCCCCCGACCUGCUGCGCCACAUGAGGCACGCUGGCAGGGCUGCGCCUGCGCCUGUGGCUGUGGCUGCGCCUGCGCCUGCGCCUGCGCCUGCGCUCCCUUGCGGAGCGUCUGAGCACUUCAUGUGUGAUGAGCCCGAGUGCGCCGACUGCUUUGUGGCCUUUGCCACCGCGGAUGAGCUGAGGAGGCACCAGCUGGAGCGGCACUCGGCCCGCAUGCCGCGCUGGGACUCCAGCCGCGCCCGCCCGCUGCAGCUCGACAUCUCCUUUGCCCGCCGCCAGGGCCCGCUGUCGGCGGCCGAGGCGACGGCGGAGCGGCGGCGUCAGCGCCAGCGCAGCCGCGGGCCGCAGGACGUACGCAUGAUGGAGGGUGCGCGCCCCGGGGAGGGCCCGCCACCCGACCAGUGGCCCGCUGGCUUUGAGUAUGCCCGGGAGGCAGACGGAGGCCUGCGGGUGAUUGACGACGCAGAUGUGCCGGCAGCAGCGUACCCUGGCGGCGGCGGCGGCGGCGGCAGCGGCAGUGGUGGCGGCUUGAUGGGCGCCGGCAGCUGGGCGGAGCACCGCCCGCAGCGGCAGCAGCGGGGCGGCGGCGACUUCCCCUCGCUGUCGGCCGCAGCGGCAGGAGAGGGCGGCGGGGGCGGCGGCGCCGGCAGCAGCAGGCCGCCGCCGCUCGUCAAGAAGACGGUGAAGUGCCCCUGUGGCAGGCGCGUGAGCCACUAUGCUGUGGCUGAAGGGCAGGAGGUGCCACCCCUGGAGUGUGACGCGGUGUGCCGCAUUGAGGGGCGGCGCCAGCAGCUGGCGGAUGCAUUUGGCAUGGACGACCCGGCCCACCAUGCCGGCGCCUUUGAGCGGCAGAGGUCUGUCACCUACAGCGGGCUGCUGCUGGCGGCGGCGCAGCAGAACCCGCGGUUCGUGGAGGGCGUGGAGCGACAGCUGGCGGAGUUUGUGGCGGACAAGGAGGCCAAGAGGGUGAGCCUGUCUGCGAUGCCGCGCGAGCAGCGCGCCGUGGUGCACGCCCUGGCGGAGCAGUAUGGGCUGGCCACCACCGGGUAUGGGCAGGAGCCUGCGCGGUAUGUGGAGCUGUUCAAGACGCCCGCCGCCGGCAUCCCCGCGCGCCUGCUGUCCAGAGUGGCGCCCACGGUCCCUGCCUCAGAGGUGGCCCAGCUGCUGAGGGAGAGCGAGGGCCACCCCAUGCGCCUGAUGGACAUAGCCAUGUCUGUUGACCUGCGCUUCUACCUGCGGCAGUGGGAGGGAGCCUACCGCCUGGAGUGGCAGGGGGGCGAUGCCGCCAUCGUGCGGUUCGAGCGCGAGCAGGACCUGAAGGAGGCGCUGGAUGUGUUGGGUGGCGGCAUCCGCGGCCUGUUCAGGAUUGACCGCUCCUGGCGCCCCAAGACUGCGGUGGCGACGGCGCCGCCUGUGCCCAGCAGCAGCGCCAGCAGCCGAGGGUGGGCAGGCGCCGAGGCGGGUGGCAACGCGCCUGAGGGCUCCACUUGGACCGCGGUGGCAGUGGCGCCACGGCCUGCGCACAACAGGCCGGAUGCGCAGCAAGCGGCAGCGGCAGCCAGCGGUACAGAGCAGCAGCAGGAGCAUCGGUGGGCGGUGAUGACGGGCCGACGGGCGGCGCGCCCGGCAGCAGCGGCAGCCGCCGCGGCUGGUGCGGGCAGGAACGUGCUGGUGGAGAUGGUGCAGGAGCACGAGGAUGCCUGGACCAGCGACGGCAGCUCGGAGGAGAGCGACGGGUAG